GAACUCAGCAGAGGCGCUCAGGUGAAGCUGUCUCUGCGCUUGGAUGAGACCGGAGGGACCAUAGGGAGGGACGGGCAGAGCUGGAAGCACCGGAGCUCCGAGCUGGGUGCACGAAAUGAAACCGGUGUCGAGUCGAGAGGCUUUGAGUUAAGAAAAAGUUACUGCUGCUGGCAGAGAAGAGGCAUUUUUUUUUUUUUUUUGCUUUUUCAAUUGGACCAUUGUGCUCAGGCAGCUGCUCUUUCAAUGUGGGAUACAGUUUUGGUGCUUUCGCCAGGCUGAAAUCCUCCAGGGUCAGGACCUCCCUCAUGGCAGCCGUACUCCUCGGGCUGCUGCUCUUUGCGAUGCAGUCUCCCCCCAUCCCCUCCAGGCCCAUGGCCGAUGAGGGGCCACCUAUACCUCCCACCUCGUCGCCCGCCGACAACGCCACCGGCCACCCGAACGGCACCCUCCAGCAGCUUCCUCAGAUCAUAAUCAUUGGCGUGAGGAAGGGGGGCACGCGGGCACUGAUAGAGAUGCUCAGUCUGCACAGUGCGGUGGCGGCGGCUCAGAACGAGGUGCACUUCUUCGACUGGGAGAGCCACUUUCAGAAGGGCUUGCCUUGGUAUCUCAGCCAGAUGCCGUACGCCUUCCCCGACCAGCUGACGGUAGAGAAGACGCCGGCCUACUUCACCUCCAGCAAAGUCCCCAAACGCAUCCACCAGGUGAACCCUGACAUCAAGCUGCUGCUCAUCCUCAGAGACCCCACGGAGCGGGUGCUGUCGGACUACACCCAGGUCUUCUACAACCGCCUCCAGAAGCACAAGCUCUUCCAACCCAUCGAGUCCGUUCUGGUGAAGGACGGCGAGAUCAACCUGGGAUACAAGGCUCUCAAUCGAAGCCUGUACUAUGUUCACAUGCAGAACUGGCUGCGGUACUUCCCGCUGGAGAGCAUCCACGUGGUGGACGGGGACGAGUUGAUCAGGGACCCCUUCCCCGAGAUGAAAAAGGUGGAGCGAUUCUUAAAGCUGGAGCCCCAGAUAAACGCUUCAAAUUUCUACUUCAAUAAAACAAAGGGAUUUUACUGUUUGAGGGACCACGGGCGAGAACGGUGUUUACACGACUCCAAGGGCAGGGCUCACCCUCACGUGGCGCCCGCCAUCCUGCAGAAACUCUACCAGUUCUUUCACGAACCCAACAAGAAGUUCUUUGAGCUGGUGGGCCGAACGUUCAACUGGAAAUGAACGUCUGAGUCUCGUGGUUUGGCGUAGAGCCGCUUGGGGGAUAAUCUGUUUCCCUCACUAACAAUGUAAAUGAAGAGAAAACACUAAUGUAAAUUUAAACCAGGUCUAUUUUUGUACUAGUAUGUUUGUUACAGGAGUAUGAUCGAGCCAAAUAUCAGGGCGGACUGGUGCAUGUUUGUUUUUGUUUUUCCUAGUCACACAUGCAUUUUCACUGUGUACUGUUAUAAAAACUCACUACUGUUCAAAGACGUACAAUGACAUUCAGACUUUAGACUGCGCCAGUUAAUGUAUUGCAUAAAGAUAAGUACCAGGCAGUUUAAUAUUGUCAUACCCUCACGUUCUGCUUCAUAUACUAUGACACUAUUGACGUCUAACUGCAUUAAAUGCUCUGAAGGACCUUUACCUGCUGCUAUGAUUUUCUCAGUCACGGGCCAGUUUUUCAUUUUUUGUUCCUCAAAAUGUUUCUUUAUGUAAGACUUAAGAUAUAAAAAUGCUCUGGGCAUAUCAUAUAUUUGCCGAUCAUUGCGGUGUACUGUAAAUAGUUUUUUCAAAAA